UCGAACACAUGCUGCAAGCGACCCUAGGGUAGCUCUAGCAACUCUCAACCCUUCUGUGUAGGUCAUGUUGCAAGAGAUACUUUACUUGCUUAUACCCAGAGAGUCAAAAGACAUUGCUUUUGAUGGUCGCUUCCUUAAAGUCUAUUUAUGUUUGGUCGUUUGUAAACCACGCUUGAUCACACUCAACUACGACGCCCGCCCACGCUCUCUUUUGUGGUCAGGUCAUUUUGACCAUGUUCAGCGACACAUCACCAGCCCUUUCUCUUCAUUGAAGUGUUUUUUCAACCUUGCAGCAGGCUAGUCGCGAUUUGAGCAUCAUUUCCCAUGGCUGGCUGUUGGCUAGACUGGCCACAAAACCAUGAACUUCUUGAGUUAGAACUGAUUGGGAACCUUGCGUGCUGGUGUUUGAGGUCGCUGUUGAUCAUGAAUAGGCCAUGUGGCCCUACCGUAGCCUGCAUGUGCUGCACUAGGGAGGCGAAGAAGGCUCAAAACCACGUGCCAACUGACCUGAUGACCUCUCGGGUGUGACAACAUUGAAUCCUGGGGUUUACUUGGUUUAAAUAUAUUCAAUUUCAAUCAUAUUGAAUCAUAUUGUUAAUUUCCCAUUGGUUUAAGACCUUGCUUCGCGAUGAGGCCGUGAAAGAUAUAUAUAUAUACACACACUUUUUUCCGCAACAAUGUGUCAUUCCACCGAUUCUACCAGUGUCCGUCAGGUUGUGAGAUUCAGGCUAAACUUGAUGUAGCAUCUCCUCAACUCCUCAAGACAACACCAAGUCUGUGAUGCAAGAGUUCAGCUUGGAGAAGAUGCCGAUUCCAAUAAUCAGCCAAGGCUCGAAACUCAGCCACCUUGGGAUUUCAUAGCUCAAGCAUUUUAGCCCUGCAAAUGGAUCAAGACAACGACUCUGGCGACUGGACUUGCCCGCACUGCGGGUUCUACAACUUCGCCAGCCGCCAGGAGUGCAAGAGUUGUUGGGCUGCACGAGCAUCCUCUCCACCUAAGAGGAAGGCGAGACCACUUCGACACCGUGCUUUUAUGUUUGGUGAGAAAGUCCGUUCUUUGGCAAGUGGCCCCAGCCAGAAGGCGCAGACGCUUUGCCGCGACUGCUGCGGAGUUUCACUGAAAGCCUUGUUCCUGUUGGGACAUCGAGUGGAGGUGGACUUCUUGAAAGGCCGCAUGUCGAUGGAUGGUUGGAUCCACUGCCAGGCCGCACCUCGGGAUGCCUCCAUGCUCCUGGGGAUGAGACGGCGUUUGCAGGACGUUCUCACACGUCGGCUGGCUCGAAAGACUGGCAUCUCUCCAGAGGAUGCUGAGGUCGUAAAUGUCAUGACCCAAAUAUUGGUGUUAGAUAUUGAAAUUUAAAUCGAUCAA